GGCUAGCCAGUCUAUAUCAGAUGAUCUGGGCAAGUUCAUCAUAUGGAUCUUGAAUACUACUCCAUAACCAAGCUAGCAUUAGUAGAGGCCGGAUAGGAAAAACACAGGCGUGAGUCUAAGAUAUUAAAAGAAAAACCAGUGAAAGAAGGAAGAGAUGACGAGCUCAUCGCCUGUACUAGCGUCGGCUUGUCCGAGGAGGGAAGAAGCCACGGUAUCAGGUUGAGAGAUGCAGACUGCGGCGAAGGCUGAUCGGCUCACUCGGAGCCUGGCCGCUCCCUUUCUGGCUGUGAACCGCGGCGUGUUCGUCUUCGUCGCCGCGAUUGUCGCGAGCGCUCUCGUCUCCGCCUACUGGAUAUCUGCCGCAUCAUGCAAACUACAGGUUGCUCCAGUCAUUCCUAUCGCCACUAUAGCCGUAGCUCAAAACGCUGCAAGUGCAAGGAGUCCGGAGCCGGCGCUGAGUUCUGCCCGCUUCACCAGUCUAGGCGCAAACCGGACACCGUCCGAACCUGCCGGUUUGGCGCCCCUUCCUCAGAGACAGCCACCAGCUCCGGCCUGCCCGGCCUACUUCCGGUGGAUCCACGAGGACCUGCGGCCAUGGCGAGCCACGGGGAUUACGCGCGAGACGUUGGACGGCGCCCACCGAUACGGGCCGAAGUUCCGGGUCACGGUGAUCGCCGGGCGCCUCUACGUGGCGCGCUACGGCCGGUGCUUCCAGACGCGCGCCGUGUUCACGCAGUGGGGCAUCCUGCAGCUGCUCCGACGCCACGCCGGCCGCGUCCCCGACCUCGACCUCAUGUUCGACUGCCAAGACCUGCCGGUCGUGAACGCCGCCGACCACGCGCCGCCGCCGGUGUUCCGGUACUGCGGCAGCGAGCCCACGCUGGACAUCGCCUUCCCUGACUGGUCCUUCUGGGGCUGGCCGGAGCUCAACAUAAAGCCAUGGGACGCACUGAGACGGGAGAUCGGUGAAGGGAAUGCCGCUCUGCACUGGACGCGCAGAGCGCCGUACGCGUUCUUGAAGGGUAACCCGACGGUGGGCACGGUGCGCUGGGAGCUCCUCAAAUGCAAUGUGUCCCGCGAGCGCGACUGGAAGGCGCGGAUCUAUGCUCAGGACUGGAGGGAGCAGGUACGCGACGGGUUCAGGGAAUCGGACUUGGCCAAGCAAUGCACACACAGCUGUCACGAUUCGGCCAACGUAACGAGAACGGGCCCCGCACAGGAGAUGGACCGUCCCUGUAAUUAAGGAGCAGGCACGCCGCGCGUUUUAUAUAUGCCACCUAGGCACCUACACGAGGUCUGACGUAGGCAUCAAUCAAUUUCGGUACGCUUCCCGUGAAAAUCCU